UGCAUAAUAAUUAUCAAUUUUCCUUUGCCAAAGAAAUAAAAUGCGUUAUUCAAUUGCCAAAACUACUCGCUUGGAUACGAAGGUUAAAAUCCCGAGAUCGGCAUAGGAAAAAAAAUGUUACGAUUGAAGCUUACACAAUUCUUGAAAGUUGAAACUAACGUGCAUAUUUUGACACGAUUUCGUUGCGUGUUUCUUGAAAGUGACAGGACAGCAGAGCGCCCAAAUAAUGAAGAAAUAGAUAAUUAUAAACUGCAAUUCAAUGAUGGUCGACUGUCAACUGAAACUAAAUCAAUUUCCGAUAUACUACGGGCGCUCGUCAUAUUGAAAUUGUGUACAAUUGAUACAAUAGUUGAUAAUAGUGAAAAGGUAGGUACAAUAUACAUGUUUUGUUUUUAUACAAAUAAUUUGUUGACACAUGUAUUUAAUAGUUGAUCUAGCAUGUUUAUUAUACUGACACGAGUUAGUAUCAGCUUACAAAACGUUCAGACGAACCAGAUAAAAUAUAUGUACACUGGCUGUGGUUCUGUUAACAAAUUUUGCCUGAUAUUAGGUUUAUGUAUCAAUCUAUAAGACACCGAGGAGGGAUUUAUGUCAGAUAACGACCAUUUAUUAAAUAUAUGAGCCAAGGACACACAGCGUCCGAGGGCAUUAUCUGACAUAAAUUAGUUCAAGGUGCAUGUUUAUCAUAUUUAAUUCAUGGUUGAGGAAGUUGGAAAUUUUACACUUUACCCAGGAGGUUUUCCAACAAAGUGUGAAUGUUUUGUCUGUUUCGUCUGCUUUGAAUGACGAUUUUCUGAGUUUUCCUUUAUCUUUUCAGCUAAUUAAUAUUCAAGGUGAUAAUCAUCAUUAUUAAUUAUCGUAAAAAUAAUUAUCAUUAUUAUAAAUAAUCAUCAUUAUUAUUCAUCAUUAUUAAAAAUAAUCACUUCGGUACAUCGAAGAAAACCGUCUCGAUCAUGAAAGCCUGAUAUUUAUACUCUGUUUUGUAUCCAGCUGGCUUUUUGUUCGAAAAUGGAAUGACCCAUUAUUCUACUCUGUCUAAUGCCAGACAGUUUUAUUCAUCAAGUGGAGAGCGAUGGCCUACCCCCAAUCAGAGCAAUUUUGAAAUGUUAAACCAGUUUAACCGUUUAUUUACAGUUAGUGGCGUGGUGCAAAGGUAUAUUUGGUACACAAUUUUAUGAGAAGAUAAUCAAGGCAACAAUUUAUAAACAAUUUGUUGCAGGCGAGACUGAACAGGAUGUCAAAUUCAUUGCAUCGAAUUUGCAAAAAUUUAACAUUAACUGUAUGUUUUGUGUCCCGACUGAAGAUGUGUCGAGUGAUAAUUUGUUCAUGAAUGCACACGACGUGUAAGUUAAAUAGUUUUUUUCAUUAUUUUGGGCGAUUUCCCACAUAAAUGGCUACAAAAUCACAUUUACAAUAACUUUGCAUCAAUGAGAGUUUAGGAUCAGGAUUAGUGUGUGGUUAUGGAUUUAGGAUCAAGUUCUAGAAUCAGGUUUAGGAUAUGGAAUAAGUUAGGGCAAACAAUCCUCUGAUAAAUGAUCAUCACAGAGUUAAUAUAGGAUCAACAACUUAUUUUAUAUAUUUACUUGAAAUUUGUAUUGCCUUAUUAUGUUAGAGAGGAUCUCUACAAGACCAAUUUAAACUUGAUGUUAGGCUGUGUGGAUUUGACAGGUACAAUUUUUCAUUUGGGUGGGGCCCGAGACAAAAUGUUCCAAAGGGGGGCCUAUAACAUCAAAUGAUCAAUCAUAAUUGUAAAAGGGGAGAAGCAGCAUUUCCAGCCUUCAAGUCUCUAUUGAAUUAGCUUCAUUUUUAUAUAGUGUCUAUCCAGUGUGUUAUGAGUUCUGUUCACAGCUUAUCUCAUAACAGACUGGAUAGACCCUAUGGAGCAGGUAUACUUUAUACUGCAGUAAAACUGGGCAUAUAUAAUGUCAAUAUUAAAUGGCAGAUGAACCUUGUUAAUGUAUAACAGUAUAUACCUCCACAGUUGAGAUUUGCUAUUUUUAUUGUUAUUUCAACAUAACAUACAUAACUGUAAUUCCUGUUUAGCUUCUCUUGGUUGCUACGCGCAGUCAAAAAUCACUCCUGUCAUCAGUUCCGAUGUCAUGGUAAGAACAUAUUGGACUUUCAAGAUUCCUUCCCUGUUCAGGCCUACUCAUAGACAGACUUGACCACCAAUGGCAUUGAAAGCAGUUAAUCUGUGGAGUCUAUUAAGAACAUGUCAGAAUGAAAUCAUCACAUGCAUCCACUAUACUAGUAAUGGUAGUAUGUGUGAAUCUCUAAUUCAUUUCUGCCUAAAUAUAUUUACGCGGUUCAAUGUUACGUACAAAACAGUCUCUUUAUGUACUUGUAAAAAGGACUUAUUGCCUAUACUCAGUAUACUAUUAAUAUACCGAUAUUUUUUGUUUCUCAACUGUUAGGAAUUUAGUUUAUGCGGUUACCGCUUCAAAAACUCAUUAAUAAUUCAUGAGGAACUGAAACACAAAGAAUCAUAAGCGUGUCGUAUAUCUUUAUAUGUGAUAGAGAUUUCCUAGUAGAUAUAACUUUAACUUUGAUUUCUCGACUUACACAACGUAUUUUUUUGAAAAUUACUUCGCCAAUGAACUUACUAGAUCGAUCGUUUUUGAAGCAAUUUAAAACAUUCGCAGUGCGUGUUUUUUUUUCAGACCAAAAGCGUACUCGCGGUUUCACCUUGUAUCUUUAUAUCUGACAAAACACUGCUGCUCAUGUUUUUAACAGCACAUGUUAAAAACGUUGAACUGGAAGGGUAGUCCAUAGUUAUACUGGAUACAUUUGUCAGUUUUGUAAAGUUAUUGUAUUUGUACUUUAAUUGCAUACCAGCACGACGUGGCAGAUUUGCUAUCCGAUCACAUAGUCAGUCAUGAAAGUCGUCCAUCUGAACUAAGUGUCGCAACCUGGUCUAACGCACUUGAUGGAACUGAGGUAUAAUGUUGCAAAAUAAAUUAUUAAUAUUGACCAAUGCUUCAGACUUUUUUGAGUUAAGGUAUACACGUAAAAACGCACCAGUUGCAACGAACCUGCAGCAGACGUGUAGCAAUGCUGUUCCAACAACUUAAUUGUCAACAGGAUGUGUUCGCACUGCUUGUUCCCAGCUUGUCGGCAAGUUGUCAACGGCAUGUUAACAACUUGAGCUCAACAGACUUGUUACAAGUUGUGAGUGACAACCUUGUAGCAACUUGACGAAAUAACAGCAUUGUUACAAGUUGCUGACAAGCUUGUUACAACAAGCCUGUUGCGGACACAUCUUGUUGACAGCGUGUGUAGAUCAAUUUUUUUUUACUUCUCCCCUGUUUUGCUAUAACAAAUCAAGAAUAUUUUAUUCUUUAUGCUAUUUAGGCCAAUUUGCUUCCUGAAUGCCCCAAUGCAUCGAACAAACACCUCAAGAAAGCUUUAAAAAGAUUGGAUAUUUUAGCCAACGUACGUAUAUUAAACACUGCUUCCUUUUUGUUGCGAAAAUUGAACCCCUACUAAACGUAUAACCUUUCGGAUAUCACAAUUCACAAAUGUGUCCGCUUAAAAGAGGUGUCUACUUAAUAGGAGUUAUACGCCCGUAUUUUAAAAGCUGUUUAAAGCUCACUCACACUCAAUAAGUGGAAGUCAAUCUGAGCUUCUCUCGAGUGUCAUUGCUGUUUUGGAAUAGCUGGAGGGUUAGUGUCGUACCUUACUAUGUGUGACUACUCACCCUCCAGCUAUUCAAAAACAGCAUUGACACUCAAGAGAAGUUCAGAUUGAACCUCCAGUCAUUGAGUGUGAGUGAGCUUUUAGAAUACAGGCAAUAAUCCUUUCUUUUAUCCUCCUAUUUAACACAAUUUUAAACCACAUGCAAUAUUAAAGGCAUAUGUAUUUUCAUUCCAGAGAGCUCAAGGACAAGGCGUGAAAUUGAUGUUAGAUGCAGAAUAUACCUACCUUCAAGCUAGCAUUGAUUUAAUCAUCUUGGCUUUACAACAGAAAUAUAACAGACACAUUCCCGUUAUAUACAACACCUAUCAAUGUUACAGAAAGGUAGAGAGAAUGCAAGCUUGUAUCUCGUUGGACCUCUAUAGGGAGAACAGUUUAGAACUGAUAGAGCUAUCCAAUAUAAAUAAAGUUAGUUUAGUUUAGGUACCCUUCUGUACUAACACUGGAUCAAUACGAGAUGAUUCCUACUGGGCCUUCAGGAAGAACAGUUCAGAACUGAUAGAGCCAUCCAGUAUAAAUAAAGUUAGUUUAGUUUAAGUUCCCUCCUGUAAUAACACUGGACCAAGAGUGAUAUGGCUCUUACUGGACGUCUAGGGAUAAAAGUUUAGAAUUGAUGAAGCUAUCCAGUCUAUAAAAUAAUUUAAUCCUGCAACAGCAGUUGAAUUUCAUCUUAAACAGGAUACACCAGCGAGAAUUCAAAGUGACAUAGAGCUUGCUCAAAAGCAUAACUUCAAGAUUGCUUGCAAGCUAGUUCGUGGAGCUUACAUGGAGUAUGAACGACAGAGGGCCGCUGAGCAUGGCUAUGAAGAUCCUAUCUGUGACACUAUUGAAGAUACCGAACGAAAUUAUAAACAUGUAAGGAAUUACAGUUGAGCCUCUUCUGGCAGACAUCUCUCUAAUACGAACACCUCUCUAAUACGGACACCUAGCUCUCUAAUACGAACAACUCUCUAAUACAGACACCUCUCUAAUACGUUCAGACAUCUCUCUAAUAUGGACAUCUCUCUAAUACGGACAUCUAUCUAAUACCGACAUCUCUCUAAUACGUCCGGACAUCUCCCUAAUACAGACACCUCCAUAAUACGAACAUCUCUCUAAUACAGACACCUCUCUAAUAUGGCCACCUCUCUAAUACGGACACCUCUCUAAUGCGAUCAACUCUUUAAUACGGACAUCUCUCUAAUACAGCCACCUCUAAUACAGACAACUCUAUAAUAUGAACAUCUCUCUAAUACAGACACCUCUCUAAUACAGACACCUCUCUAAUAUGGACACCUCUCUAAUACGGACGUCACUCUAAUACAGACACCUCUUUAAUAUCGAGGCCUCUAAUAUAGAAACCUCUCUAAUACGGACACCUAUCUAAUACGAACAUCUCUCUAAUACGGACAUCACUCUAAUACAGACACCUCUCUAAUAUGGAUACCUCUCUCUAAUACUGACACGCUCUAAUACGGACAUCUCUAAUACGGACACCUCUCUAAUACAGACACCUCUCCAAUACAGACACCUCUCCAAUACAGAGACCUCUCUAAUUCAGAGACCUCUCUAAUACAGGCACCUCCCUAAUACGGACAUCUCUCUAAUACGGAUACCCUCUAAUACGGAAACUUCUCUAAUACGGACAUCUCUCUGAUAUGGAUAUUAGGGAAUGUUAAAGUCAAUGCUUUGCUUUUCUAUGGCAGGCGAUGGACUUAAUGUUGUCACAAGUGGCCCAAGGUCAAGCUGAAGUGAUGAUUGCGACACACAAUGAAGACUGUGUUAAAUAUGGCGUUAAAAGAAUGCACGAAAUUGGAAUUAAACCUGACGAUGGUUCCGUUUUGUUCGCUCAACUUUAUGGCAUGUGUGAUCAUGUUAGUUAUGCCUUAGGUAAGAUUUGACAUUCGCACCAAGAAUUACUGUUCUUAGUCAUGUUUUUAGUAUAGUGGUCAUUAUUAGCAUGUCAUAGCUCGGCCAAUCAGCACCUUGCGCUAGGUCACGAGAAUGCUACGGGACUAAAGCCGCAGACGAGCGCAUACGUUUCCUUGACAAGUUUUAUCUGCCCGCGUGUAUAGGGCAAAAAAUUGACAAAUAUUCCUUGCCAAGGAGUCUUGUUCCCAAGCUAGUCAUGCCAGGUUUUGGACAAAGAAAAUUUGUUCGUGUGUACGGCCGCCAAGGAAAACUUGACAAGUGUACAAGAAAUACUUCUGUGGUUUGGCGAACAAACUGCAACGCUUUGACGUGAUAUCAAUGCUAACAACAUUCCGUGCACACAAGCAACAAAACUUGAGAGAACACCUAUUGGUUCUUACUUGAAUUGGUUCUUACUCGAGUGUGGAGUUGGGAAUGACCUGCUUUGCGCGCACUGUUUGCCUGCGAGUCGGUCCUUUCAGAACUGGAAAUCGGGCUGGAGCACGCGUUCGUUCUUUUUGAUUUGGAAAAAAAAGCACGACAAAUGGCAAAAUUCGCACGGUGCCCGUUUGCAAAAACAACUGGAAAUUGCUGCAAUUCGUUCUGUCACUUUCAUUUGAUCUUAUCCGCGAGUCCGGCCUUUGACUUCCCCUCCUGGCUAACACCCUGGACAUGCCUGUAAGUGGCAUGCCAAAACAAUGAAAAGACAUUGAAACUUUUUAAUCACUUAAUCCGUGACUGGAUGGCUCAUUGAGCAAAGUUUCAUAUUUUUUCCAGGUAAAGCAGGUUACAUAGUACACAAGUCUGUCCCUUAUGGCACGGUGGAUAGUUCAAUUCUCUACCUUUUACGGCGGGCACAAGAAAAUAAAUCCGUGAUGGCUAGGACAGCCAAGGAAAGUGGAAUACUACUUAACGAAAUGAAACGUCGAUUGUGGACUUCGUUUGGGCAUGCUUAGUUCGACCCUUAGAAAAAUUAUUUUAUAAAACUACAAGUUUUUUGGCUUCUCAUUGGCUGAACAUCAUAGAAAUAAUAGAUAUAGAAUACGCACUUGAUCACGGAUCAUGUCUCCACUUUUUCUCAUGCGUGCCCUUAUAAAUCUACCAAACUUCUUUUUUUUCAUUUUAAGUCUCGAUAUAAAACUUUUUCCAAACUUUGCAGUUGAAAAAACACAAUUCGCACUCUGUGCAACCGCGCGAAAUUCCUUGCCUCAGGAGUCUGCGACCAACCAAAAUGCCCUUAUAAAUCUGCCAUUUUGUGGAGACAUUUACAUUUUUUUACUGAGAAAAUAUAGGAGUACGCAUUCUAUAUCUAUUAUUUCUAUGCUGAACAUCUACGGGUAGAAUUGUAUAUUAGUAAUAAAUUAAAAUAAUAGAUGAAUCUUAUUUAUCCCUGGGCAAACUUAAGCCCUGGGCAAACUAGGAAACAUUGUUGCGGAAACAUUGUUUCCUACCAAUGUUUCGCCAUGUUUCCAAGAGAGGGCAAACACUAGGAAACAGUGGCGGCGCCAGGGGGGGGGCAAAUGCCCCCCCAAAAUUAUUUUUUGCCCCCCCCCCAUUUUGCCCCCCCUCAAAAAAAUUAUUAGUCACUAAGAGCGACUAAAGGCUACACAAGCGUUCUAUCGUUAUCGGAAAAUGUAUGGCGUAUAAGUUGUCAUUACUCAUUAGUGAAUGCGCGUAUACAUGAAACUGUUUUUUACAGUUUCAAUAUUAGUUUGUAAAUCUCUGAAUGGUAAAACUUGCCAAUACUCCAAUAAUACGUUUCAACAAAAGACAAAAAAGCUUUAGUUUUGCAGAGUUAAAUUCUCAAACGUGUAAGGCAUGAUAAGAUGAAAGUAUCACGAAAUUAUUUGAAUAAACCACAUCGCAUAUAUGGGGGGCGAAUGUCCUAAAGAGGGGCGAUAUUCCUAGGGUAUUCGCCCCACCCCCCUGGGAGGCGAUAUUCCUAGGAUAUUCGCCCCCGGGGGCGAUAUUCCUAGGAAUAUAGCCACGUUUUGAAGGGGGGGGGGCGAAUUUCCUGGGGGGGGCGACCUUUUUAAAAAUUCUAUCUUGCCCCCCAAAAAUUUGAGUUUGCCCCUCAAAUGCCCCCCCAAAUUUGGAAGCCUGGCGCCGCCACUGCUAGGAAACAUCAGUGAAAAACAUAGGGAAACAUCAUAUGUUUCUGAAUUUGCUAGGACACAUUUUUGCUUCCCAGGAAGCAAAUUUUGUUUCCGCAACAAUGUUUCCACGGGUGGGCAAACAUAGAAACAUUUGAGGAAACAUCGAGAAUCACAAAUGUUUCCGCAACAAUGUUUCCUAGUUUGCCCAGGGCUCAAGGAAAAAUUUGUGAUGAUGCUCUCCGAGUAUAUUUCACACUGGGCGAACUGAAGUGUUUCCAAACAAAUUCAGAAACAAAUUUCGUUUCCCAAAUCACUGUUUUGGUUGUGGAUACCAAGAUUUGCCCACCUUGCAAAACAUAGCUAAGAAACAAUGUUUCUGGUGUUUCCUCGUUUUGCCCAUCUUCAGGAAACAUGGCUAGGAAAAAAUAUUUCCUGGUUUGCCCACAUUCAGGAAACAUGGCUAGGAAACAACAUUUCUUGGUUUACGCGACAAUUUAAAUCAAUUGUAAUAGUCUUGUUAGGCUUUUAAAAAUUGUUGUAUUAUGUGUAAUACUGAAAACAGUAAAGCUAUAUUCUAGUCGAGACAGCAAUUUAACACAUUGGCUUUUAUUGUCAAUGUCGUAUAGAUAAGAGGAAUAAUGUAGCUAUCUAUGUCGUUGAAUAUUGUUGUUCAUUUUUUGUACAUGCAGUACAUUAGUACAUGCAGUACAUUACUAUAUUUAAUGUAUCUACAUAAUAUAGUAUAUUAUAAUAAAUAUAGUAUAUUUAAGUAGAUUUAUAAUAUACUUAUUUUAUACCAAAUAUAUGUUGUUAUGAAAUAUAUUGUAUAUAUAUUAUCCGUUUAAAAAACCGUUCAUUAAAUAAUAGAUAUCUGCAUGCUAUUACAUUUAGAACCAACAAAUAUAUCGAAAAAAAAAACUAAAUAUGAAAUAUACUAUACGUCAACUCUACUUCCUAGACCUUGUAGAUUUUAAAUAGAAUUAUUUUGCAAUAUAUAUAUAUAUAUAUAUAUAUAUAUAUAUAUAUAUAUAUAUAUAUAUAUAUAUAUAUAUAUUAUAUAUAUCAAAAUUUUGUAAAUUUUGAAAGCUAAUCUAUAGCUCUUUCUCUUUCUAGUCUCGUAAAAAAUCCAUUUUAGUUGAUUUGGAAAUUCUCCAGAUUUUUUUCCAAAAUCUCCAGAUUUCUUCUGAGUUGUGGAUUUUUCUCAAACUAUACCGCUCAACGGUAAAUUUAAAUUGAUAUCCAGUAGCUGCUAUCCGGCCUCAGUUUUACCACUUAUCUUGUAUAGCCAAAGGCCCAAAACACCUCUUACCAUGGAGUGAUACUCGUCGAAUUAAUUAAAUUUCCUGAUUCAACCCGAUAACUCCACGCCUCAGCUCACAGUAGCUUUGUAAGGGUUAUAGAACAGUUCUCCUUCUCUGCCUCGCCUUUUCAAUUCGUUCCAAAGUAGUUUCCGUUCUUUUAAUACUCCUGCAAGUAGGCCGCGGUUCUCGGCAGCUCGUCGGGAGAGGUACGGCAACACAUCGGAAACGGAUCCGUAAGGAACAUACUUGAAUGCCUUAUAACCUGUCUGACCUGGAAAUUAUACCAACGAUAUUAAUACACGCUUCCAGAAAGUACGCCAAAGUGAUCG